CAAUCAGCACUUUUUAGUUCUUGGAUUUCCAAAUUAUUAUUUUUUACUUGUAUAUAAUUGAAAAUAGUAGUUUAUUAGGAAAUAUAAUUAUACGUUUUAAUCAUAAAUGUUAUUUUAGUAAAGUAAAAACAUGAUUAAAGCAAUCUUAGUUUUCAACAACCAUGGGAAGCCUAGGCUAUCUAAAUUUUAUCAAUAUUUUAAUGAGGAUAUGCAACAACAGAUAAUAAAGGAGACAUUCCAAUUGGUUUCUAAAAGAGAUGACAAUGUUUGCAAUUUUCUAGAAGGUGGAAGUCUUAUCGGAGGCUCAGACUACAAGCUGAUUUACAGACAUUAUGCAACACUUUACUUUGUGUUCUGUGUUGACUCUUCUGAGAGUGAACUUGGUAUCCUAGACUUAAUUCAGGUAUUUGUAGAAACAUUGGACAAAUGUUUUGAGAAUGUGUGCGAGUUGGACCUGAUCUUCCACGCGGAUGCGGCACACCAGGUGUUGGACGAGCUGGUGAUGGGUGGCAUGGUGCUGCAGACCAACAUGGCCGAUAUCCUCAGCCGGCUGCAGGAGCAAAAUAAGAUGCAGAAGGCCGAGGCGGGUAUAUCGGCGGCGCCGGCGCGCGCGGUGUCCGCGGUCAAGAGCAUGAACCUGCCGCAGCAGCUGAGAGACAUGAAGCUGCCCGACCUGCCGCAGGCCAUCAAGCAGGCGUACCCCGCCUCGCCUGUGACCAUCGCCACCAACAUCCUCCACACGCUCUACCCCACCACCGACAAGUACCAGAACCUCCAAGCGGAGAUCGGCAACAAAUUCUUCGGCUCCGAGUCUCUGAGCACCAAGUUCUCAGAAACUUUCUCCGAGAACUACCAACAGACUGAGGGCAUCAACUUUCCGAACUACGAGAGCCACAAGUCCGAUGGUUACCAGGAUCUGAGUGGGACCGUAUGUGAAUAUGAUAUGAAGAAGAGAAAGAAAAAGAAAAAGGGAAAGCAUUAGAAAAAUUACAGUUACUUUGGUUGCAAAUGUAGGUAUGAAUUUUGAGCUACUCGAAUCUAUAAUAUGUGUACUGAUGUUUGCUGCUUUUUAUGCGGCUGUUUAUUUUGCACAAAAUCAACAUACAAAUGCAAAUAAACUAGUGACGUGAUAAAUCUUGUAACGAAAGUUUGAAUCUAAAAAAACAUGACAAAUCAUUGUAAACAAAAAUUUUGUACACAAAUUAUAAAGCAUAGUAUUGAGCGAGCUUUGAAACUUGACUACGAGUACUUUUACAAUGUAUUAUGUCUGAUUACGUUUUACGUGUUUACUCAGUACAUCACAUACACGAAAAUUGCGACGAUUUUAAUUGAAUUUGUUUAGAACCAUGCACUUAGGAAUUAUGAAAAAAAAAAUAGGAUUGAGAUUGAUUAGAUAUUAUAAGUAUGAAGAAUGAGCCUAUUCAAUUAUCAAAUUACGUAACAAGACUUAUAUUAACUGAAUUGCAAUGAAAAUAUAUUAUUUAUAUGUUUAAAGAAGUUAUAGAAGUCUAGUUACGAAAUUUGAUUUUCUUUUUAAAUAAAAUAUGCAUUCCCAAAUUUUAUAACUCCCUU